AUGGGAGUCUACUGUUAUGCCAAUGUCAGGGUAGAUACUGGCGGUUGUUCUGGAAGGGUGGAGGUUCUUCAUAAUGAUCAGUGGGGAACAGUGUGUACCGAUGACUGGGAAACUAAAGAUGCUGAAGUGGUGUGUAGAGAACUUGGGUGUCCACCCGGUGUUGAAGCAAAGAAAUAUACCUAUUUUGGACAGGGUUCGGGACCAAUAUGGAUGGACAACGUCAAAUGUAUUGGGAAUGAAACAUCACUGAAGGACUGCAGUUUAAAUGGUUGGGGAACACAGAACUGUACCCAUGAAAAUGAUGCUGGAAUCAUCUGUCGAGAGGGUAGACUGGUUAAUGGGGACAAUAUAUGCUCCGGAAGAGUGGAAUACUACUACUGGGGACGAUGGGGAACCAUCUGUGAUGUUGGCUGGGAUACUACAGAUGCCGCUGUGGUGUGUAAACACUUGAAUUGUGGGACACCUGUAGAAGCAAAGACUGGGGCUUUUUUUGGACAAGGCUCAGGACAAAUAUGGCACGAACAUUUGAAUUGUUUUGGGAAUGAAUCCAGAUUGUAUCAGUGUCCAUCAAGUGGAAUGGGAGUCACCAGCUGCAACCAUAGACAAGAUGCUGGGGUCAUCUGUCGAGAUGUGAAGUUGGUGGGCGGUGUCAACGCAUGUGAUGGCAGAGUUGAGAUUCUUUAUGAUAGUCACUGGGGAGCAGUGUGUUACAAUGGUUGGGAUCUAAUAGAUGCUACAGUAUUGUGUAGAGAGCUGGACUGUGGUGACAUUGCAGAGGUAAAGGGAUAUAUUGGCCCUGUGGGGCCAGUGUGGAUGGAUAAUCUCAGAUGUACAGGAAAUGAGUGGACAGUGCGAGACUGCCCUUUCACUGGGGGUUUGAGCAGUUGUUUGAAUGGGAUUCAUGCAGGAGUUCGUUGCACAAAAUUUGUGAGAAGAAAUACGAUAAGGAUUUUAGUGAAGGCUAAUGCUGGAGUCAAUGUCAAUGAACCAAAUAUCAUGAAGAGCCUUCUAGACCAGAUGACACAAGUGGUUCAAAGUUCAAAUAGGAAGAAGUUUAGUGUGACAUGGAGAACACACUCGGAUGGGCUUGUAUUCCACAAGGACAACACAAUGGCAGGUCAGAGGCCAUAA